GGCAUGAAGGCCGAGGAAGGAGAAAGAGGAGGGAAGAAGGCGGAAAGGGGGCUGAAGAAGGGGCCGUGGACGCCGGCGGAGGACGCGAUCCUGGUGGAGCAUGUGAGGCGGCACGGGGAGGGGAACUGGAAUGCGGUGCAGCGGCACAGCGGGCUGGCGCGCUGCGGCAAGAGCUGCCGCCUCCGUUGGGCCAACCACCUCCGCCCCAACCUCAAGAAGGGAUCCUUCACACCCGACGAGGAGCUCCUCAUCCUUCGCCUCCACGCCCAGCUCGGCAAUAAAUGGGCGCGCAUGGCCGCUCAGCUCCCGGGAAGGACGGACAAUGAGAUUAAGAACUACUGGAACACCCGCCUCAAGCGCCGGCAGCGCGCCGGCCUUCCCAUCUACCCGCCGGAGCUGCAAGAGGCCGUCGGAUUCGAUCACCAGCUGAAGCAACAGGCUUCGACGUUGCUCCGGACGCCGCCGCCGCUGCCACCUCCGCCUUCCGCCGCGGAGUUCAGCGCCCGGCUCCCCUCCUUGCGGCCCGCCCCGUUGCUGGAUCCCGCCAUUUUUCGGCCUUCGUCGGGGAUGACUCUGCCUCCCCUCCCGCAAAAUCUGUUCUCCUGUCACCUCGGUUUUGGAUUCCCGCUCUCGCCCGCCUCGCCGCCGCCGACGCCAACCUCUCUUUUUCAGCCGCAGCAGCAGCUUGGGCCGGGAAAUUAUGAAGUAAGCCGGCCGCAGCGGCUGCCGCCGGUGCCGUGGCCAACGAUGGCGAAAAUGGAGCUCCCUUCAUGCCAAUUGUUCCCGGAACCCGUCGGAGGCCGCGACGGUCUUACCAGCAGCGGCCUGCUCGAGGCUCUGCUGCAGGACGCCCAUGUCCCCGAGGAUAUGAAGCUCGGGGAGCUCUUGGCACUGCCAACCGUCGGCGAGCAGGAAGCGGUGUGGGAGCACGUCUUCUUCGGCGGCGAUAGCAGCGAAGCCAUCAAGGAGACUUCUCAAGGCUGCUCCUUGGGAUCCGCCACGAAGUUGGAAGGCUUGGAUUGCGACAUGGCCCUUCUAGCAGGAUCCAAGAAUAAGAGUGAACCACGGUGCGAUGCCAACACCGAGCAAGACGAUAUAUCUGUACUCCUUGACAUCCCGGCACCGCCAGUAUCGAUGAUCCCUGAAUGGUGCAAUACCGACAGCACAGAGUCACCGGCCAUGGUGGGCAACGAAACAGGGCUCGACAUACAUCAGUUGGCUUCUCCCGUCUCCAUCGCAUCCUCAGACCAUGACUGGAAUAUCAGUUCAUGGCCAUGGAACAACAUGCCAGGAAUCUGUUGAAGACCUACAUAUUGAUGACCAUCAGCUUCUAAAGGUCACUCACUUUAGUCUGCUGUAUGAGUCCAUAGAGAACUUAUCUUGAAGGUUUGUAAUUAAAUGCAUUAGACUGCAUGCUAUGUAUGAACGUCUGCCCAGUUGUCAUGUUGGAGGGUGAGUAGUAUCUCUAUGUUCUUUUUCUUUUUCUUCUCCCAUUGUGCACUAUAACCAGUAGGAACUCCCACCCACUGAAUAAGUAAUGCAUGGGUGAUUUGUUCUUAAAUCCAAUGCACUGUAAUUACCAUCUUGUGUUGA